UGCUUACAAAUAGGCUGACAAUGUUUAGGGGUCGACCCAACGACAAGUAUGGUAUGGUUAGACCACCCGUUCCUGAUCCGGAUGAAGUACUUAAGGAAAUUAAACCGCAAUACUAUGACCAGAAACUCAACCAUUUUGACGCUAAGGAUAACCGCACUUUUAAACAGCUGUAUUAUACCGAUGAUUCGUACUACAAAACUGGUGGACCGGUAUUUGUGAAUAUAGGGGGUGAAGGUGAAGCUAUUCCUGGUUUUUAUAGUUUUAUGGUAAAAAGCGCCAAACAAUUCGACGCAUUUCUGGCAACAUUAGAGCACCGGUACUAUGGGGAGUCGGAACCGUUUAACGAGACAACCGUUGAAAACCUGAAAUACCUGUCCAGUGAACAGGCGUUGGCCGACACGGCCGACUUCAUACAGUAUUUGACCAAAAAGUUGUCACUUUCAGGCAAAGUGGUUGUGUUUGGGGGCUCUUAUGCCGGAUCAUUGGCCGCCUGUUUCAGGGAGAAGUACCCCAACAUAGCUGUCGGUGCCAUAGCGUCCAGCGCUCCCGUGUUGGCUGAAGUGGACUUCAAAGAGUAUUUCGGUGUCGUUAGCGACUCAUUGGGAACG